AUGAAACCACCCAAGAACUUUGGAAGUGAAGAGGAAUGUGAGAGCAGUGAAUCUGGAUGGACUAUGUAUAUUGGAUCUCACAUAGAAGAUGAUGAUGGAGAUGUUGAUAACAUGGAUGAAGAAGGAACUACUACUCAUCAAGGUUAUCCACAAGAUGAUGAAAGUGAUGAUUCUAUGGUUUCUGAUGCUUCUUCUGGGCCAAGUCAUCAACAUGGGAAUGAUAUUGGCAAAAGAGGAGUAGUCAACUAUGGCUUACAAGGUUUCAAGCAAGUGGUGGUUGAGGAGACUCAAUAUGAUAAUGAUGAUGAUGAUGAUGAUGAUGAAAGCAAGUAUUGCUUAGAAAAGAAAGCAAUAAAAACUGUGGAAAAGAAAAUGGAAGAAAAAAAGUUGGAUGGUAAAGGUAAGUCUUCAGUUCAAGGUGGUGGCAAGGUGAGAAAAAGGAAAUAG